CAGAUUACUACACUGUACACUUGUGAAACAAUUUCUCCCAUACCUACCUUCUCAUAUCUAUAUAAGAACAUAGCCCUCGCUCCCCCUUAUCUACACCAGCAACAGUCCACAUCACAGCCGGGAUCAAUCGCGAGAUACCAUCCGUAUUGGAAUUUCCAUCGCAAUACAUCCGCCGCCAUGCCCACCAAGAAGAACUUCCAGGUCGCCAUUGUCGGAGGAGGCAUAUCGGGGCUGACCCUGGGCAUUGCCCUCCACAGCCGUGGCAUACCAGUGACCAUCUACGAGCAAGCUCCCCAUUUUGCAGAGAUUGGCGCCGGAGUGGCGUUCACGGGCAAUGCCGUGCAGGCCAUGAAGCAUUGCAAUCAAGGCAUCUACGAAGCGUUUGAGAAAGUCCGGACGAAGAAUAUGUGGCCAAGCAAGGAGAAAGUGUGGUUUGAUUACCACGAUGGCUAUCAUCGGAAAGCCGACCAAAAAGAUACUCAUGCCUUCACCAUCACCAACUCGAUUGGCCAAGCGGGUGUACAUCGCGCGCAUUACCUCGACGAGCUGAUCAAGUUAUUCCCCAGUGAGCAGGCACAGUUUGGCAAGCGGUUGGAGAGGUUGGACAAGGGAGAUGAUGGGAAAUGGACUCUGAAAUUUGAGGAUGGAAGUUCUGCCACUGCGGAUGCUGUGAUUGGAUGUGAUGGCAUCAAGUCCAGUGUGAGGAGAAUGUUAUAUGGCGAAAACGACCCCCGGAGUUUCCCCACGUACACCCACAAGUAUGCAUAUCGGGCACUCGCAGAUAUGGACGAAGCGGUUGCAGCUGUGGGAGAAGAGAAGGCUAAGAAUUCAUGCAUGCACAUGGGUCCAGGCGGCCACAUGCUCACCUUCCCCGUAAACCACGGCAAAACCCUCAACAUCGUCGCCUUCCACACAUCUCCAGACGACUGGCCCGACUACUCCAAACUCACCCGCUCCGCCACGCGCGAAGACGCCCUCCGCGACUUCUCGGGCUACGGCCAAGACGUCAUCCGCCUCCUCCAACUCUGCAAACCCAACCUCGACGUCUGGGCCAUUUUCCACUUAGGGGACCACCCACUCCCCUACUUCGCCAAAGGCACCAUCUGUCUCGUCGGCGACGCCGCACACGCCACCUCGCCACACCACGGCGCCGGAGCGGGCAUGUGCAUUGAAGAUUCCGCCGUGCUAGCAGAUUUGCUCGCAGACGAGAAUGUGAAAUCCCACAAAGAUCUCGAGGCGGCAUUUGCCAUUUUCGACGAACAGAGACGUGAUCGUGGGCAUUUUUUGGUGCAGACGAGUGCGUUUAUUGGAAAUAGUUAUGAGUGGUUGGCGGACGGCGUGGGAGAGGACUUUUCGAAAAUUGAACAUGAAAUUAAUGUGCGCAAUGCGAAAAUUGCUAAUGUGGAUGUGCCGCAGAUGUGUCGUGAGGCGACGGCCAAGUUGCAGGGAAAGAUUCAGUCGAGGCUGUGAUUGAUUGAUGGAUGAUGAUGAUGGAUGAUGUGAGCGAAAAGAAAAGAAACAUGUGGCAAUGGGGUUGGGAAAUCUGAUAUGUUUUGCUCCAUGGGUCCCUUUUUAUGUUACCUAGCCAUUCAAUUACACCAUUCAAAUUUACAUAUGUAUAAGAUACAUGUAGGCUCGGUUGCAUGAGCACAGCUCAGUAACCGCCUAUUGAAUUUGUUCGUUGUCUGUUGUCCAGAGGACUCUUGACCAGCAUCAACAUGUACAUAUAUCAGUUGCGGAGCUGCAAACUCUGCACCCGAUGUAAAAGGGGCUUCAUUCACAUCACGACGAGCACCAUAUCCCGCUCGAUGACAACUUUUGGGGGGGUAUCAUUAUUCACUUCCAGGCCAACCGAUCAACACCACCAAAGAAUUCUUUUUCCCCAACCGCUCGCAGUCGUGUUUGCAGUCUUGCUGGGAGAUCCGCUUGUCAUCUCUUCACUUCCAUGACCAGCAGCAAGAUUAAAGGUGAGACUGUCCCCCACUUGGUGCGAAUGAUCCCACUCGUUCACUCCUCACGUGCCGACGUCGAACAUGGUUGCCCGGAGUUGCGCCCGAGGCAAGCAUUUCCGUGUCUCGGGCUCCGGGCUCGGCUAGGCCAGCCGGAGAUAUUCCAGCCUCCACUGGACCUGUCGGACACUCUCCAAAUGCGGGGUAAGCAGAACCUGGUUUUCCACCAUCCGUCUCCCACGACUACAUGUACCCUCCGUGAAAGCCCUUCGGAAUAUCAUCAAUUGAGUAUCACGGGCAGUGGAUGCGAAAGCCACGUGGGAGUCGAAGCAGGGCAUCCGGAUUUGAUGGUGCUGGACCAAGACGCGGCUGUCGAGUCUUUGAAGAAUUCAAAGUCAGGCAGCUGAGGAAUCUCGAGCCAAUCUAGAUUGAUCAGUUGUUGUCCAUACCAGGCCUCUGAGAUGUUAUCAGUGCCAAACAGAUCCGACUCGUCCAUACUGAGGGUCGAAUACAAGUCGGCCGUGGUCGAAGUCGCGCCCUCCGUGUUGGGUGUCGGUCGGAGAGUUGGGUCCAGCUGGGUGGGCGACUCUUGUGUGACUGUUGAUGCUUGUGCUCGUGAUGUGAUCUGCAGCUUGAGAGAUUUGAGAAUCUUGAUAGCAUGCUCGGCCGAAUGAAUUUGAUUCUCAUAAUAUUCCAAGAUCACCAAACAACGUGACCAUGUCGUCUCUCUGGUGUCUCCUUCAGGUCCCGAGAACAAAUGGUCAAUCUUCCAUGACGCAAGCAGAGUCAUUGCUGCACUGAACGUGAAGUAGACUGAGUGCCAGCCAGAACUUCGGUACAAUGUGUAGAAUGUGUCGUGAAUCCCAUCUACCAGCCGGGACGCUGUUAAGACGCACCGGGUGCAACAGCUGCGGAUCACAUCGUCAUCGAGCGAGUAUUUCGUCAAUGGUCGGGAGCCUCGCUUCGUUGCUGCCAGCAGGACGGGCCGGAGAGAUAGCAUGCGAAUGAAGAGGAACCGAUUAUGCAAGACUUGUUGCUGCAGCAGUAUAUGAUCCUCAUUCCUACCUGGCGUGCUACUAUUGUUUGAGACGCGCAAAUAGUCUGGAACGGUUUCCGCGAAGUCAUCGAGCUUUCUGUUGAUAACCAGCACAGGCGUGACUAUAUCAGUAGUUUCCGGGAAGCUACUCCGGUUUUGAGACAGGCUACUGUGUCGAUAGAAGCGUUCUAGGAUCUCCUCAAGGAGUUCCAUGAGCGGCGAGGAGUAAAUGAACAUUCCAAGCCGCGAGAGCACACCAGUGGCUUGGCUUCCGACACCUCGAUCAGCCAGAUAUUCGUCGUCGAUCAGUGCAGGAGCCGGCACAUCAAUUUGCUUCUCAAUCAUCGCAGGCCUUCCGAAUGUCAUAGAAAGGAGGCGAUCGAGGUGUAUGCAAGUAUGCCAAAUCCUACGACGCAUUUGUUGUUCGACCUGUGACAUCUGCUGGCGCCCGCUAUGGUUGACAUGCAAGCCAAUGCUCUGGGCCAUACGUAUCGCUAACCCAAUUGAGUUCCAGCACCUGCUAGCAUGCUGGGUCGACUGUAGAUACACGCCUGUUAACACCAGCAUCUGUACCACCGCGAUGGAGGUAGAGUCCAAUAUGUCAAAAGCAUAUGACUGUCGCGACCGCUGGAAGAAAUCUUCUGCGACAGUGGACUUUUGUGCCGCCUCGAUUAUGCUGCUGAAUUUACAGCCUAUGGCGAAUACCAAGUUGAGUGUCGAAGUGAAAAUGGCAUCUUCCACCUCGGACUCGUUGGCUUUGUUGUUAUUAUCGUCGGUAUCGAUCCAUAAUGACUCAUACUUGCGUAAAAAGGCCGGCCGGUGAAGCACGGGAAAGAGAGGAUGUAUGAACUCCCAGUAACAGAGCAGGAAGUUGUCUGCUUCACGUCUUCGUGGUAACACUGCUAGACCGUGACUCCGGGGUAGAUGUCGAUCUGGGAGAGGCACCGAUGGUCGAGGCUUCACGUCCGGAUCGAGCAAGCUGGGCUCUACCGGUGUCGCUGUCCCCGACUUGUGAGGCAUGACAUGGCGUAGAAAUGCCACAGCUGACGAUGGUCCAUAUAUGGAGCCAUCGCUGCCAUCGGCCAAGGUAGCUAAACCAUCUGCGCGCGACGUUGUGCUCCAUGUAGGCUGGUACUGGCCCGCGACGGACGGUGCACUGGGAGCGGAAUCGGAAGGGCGGACGGUGCUGGUAGUAGACAUUGAGGCAGGGGCAACGACCUCUCGAGGCUGUUGUCCCAAGUCUGACAACGCCUGAGCGGCCGCGUGGUUGCGUGGAUCCGAUCCGAGUUCUCGGAUGUGGCGAAGACUGUCUGACUGCGGCGAGUGUCCAACACUCGCUCCCGAUGCUCGAGGCUGCCGCUGUCUCCGCACGUAGUCGAAGUUGCAGCUUUUGGUCACGCCUCUGGUCUCGCAUGCACGGCAUAUCGGUUGGCGGCCGUCGCAUCGAGUCUUCCGGUCUCGACACGGCCCACAGGCCUGUGAUACUCGCUGCCGUUUGGUGCUUUUGGGCAAGUCGGGCUGCGAUCCGUCGGCGGCGCGGAACGCGUGUUGGCCUCCCUGCAUCAUCUGAUCCGGGGCCUGGCCCUCCAUAGCUACAUGUAUGUACUACGAAGUGCGUGUCUUCUUCCCUCUGCUUGGUAUAGGCAAGGCAAGGCGAGGCAAGGCAAGGCACCGUCUUUUCGCGGGACCUGGUAGAGGUGGCAUUAAUCAUCACAUGGAAAAGGGCAAAGGGCACGCGGUAAAGUUCUACGGUACACUGCGGAAGGGUCCGCUUCGGCCCUGGCCAGAC